GUUUAGGAGAUUACGAAGCAUUUGUAUGGAUUCUAAGAUUUGUGCCUGCUUUUCUUGGAAGUCUUAUAGCACCUUGUAUUUAUGAGAUAAUUUUGGAGCUUGGAUGUACUCACUGGGCAGCAUCUUUUGGAGCAUUCCUUGUUAUUUUUGAUAAUAUGCUGAUUGUACAGACAAGGUUCAUGUUCUUAGAUGCUUAUUUACUCUUCUUCAGUGUGUCUUCAUUGAUGUGUUACCUCAAGUUUAAAAAUAAAAAUAAAAGCUGUGCCUUUACAUUUUCUUGGUGGUUAUGGCUGAUCUUGCUGGGUGUGUCACUCACAGGAGCUUGCAGUUCAAAGUAUUGUGCUGUGCUGACCUUGCUCACUCUAGGAAUUGUGAUGUGCCUUGAUUUUUGGAGAAUGAUUGGUGACAAAGCGAUUUCAAAUAAAGACUUGACAAGCCAUUUUGCAGCUAGGGUAUUCUGCCUUGGUGUUAUUCCCGUGCUCCUGUAUCUACUUCAAUUUUAUAUUUUAUUCGCUGUGUUAUACAAAACUGGUCCACACGAUGACAUGAUGUCAAGUCCAUUUCAAGCCAGCCUUGAGGGUGGUCUUGCCAAGAUUACUCAUGGACAAGCACGAGAAAUAGCUUAUGGUUCUCAAAUCACGUUAAGACACACAGGUCGUCAGUGUUGGUUACAUUCACAUGCCCAUAACUACCCUAUCAAAUAUCCAGACGGGCGUGGUAGUUCCCACCAGCAACAGGUCACGUGCUAUAGCUUUAAAGAUGUUAACAAUUGGUGGAUCGUUAAGGAUCCUAAAAGCAACAACCUCCACGUUGACUUCCCACCCCGUCCAGUUGUUAAUGGUGAUAUUAUACAGCUUAUCCAUGGUGUGUCUGGAAGAACUCUAAACAGCCAUGAUGUAGCAGCACCUUUAUCACCAACAAACCAAGAAGUAUCUUGUUAUAUCGACUACAAUAUAUCCAUGCCUCCACAAAAUCUAUGGAGACUAGAAAUAGUUAAUCCUGAUUCAACCAACAAAUGGAUAACGAUACAGUCUGAAAUCCGAUUCAUUCACGUAAACACAUCACAAGCACUUAAGAUUACAGGACUUCAGUUACCUGAUUGGGGAUUCAAGCAGUUGGAAGUUGCAACAGAUCGAGUUAUCAACCAGAAGGAUACUUCCUGGAAUGUGGAGGAACAUCAACAGAAUAUUUCAUAUCCUGAAGGUCAUAUUCCUGAAAAGAAAGAAAGUCCUACAGAUGUACCUGCCGCUAAACCAAUGCCUUUCUUUCGCAAGUUCUGGGAAAUGCAAAAAAAAAUGAUUGAGUCGAAUAAAGAACUGUCGGGUGAACAUACCUUUAGUUCCACGCCAUCCUAUUGGCCAACCAUGAAAAGAGGCGUGGCAUAUUGGAUACACAAAAAUUUAAAUAUGCAGAUUUACUGUAUUGGUAACCCUAUCGUAUGGUGGAUGUCUGCCUCUUCAGUAAUUGCUUAUGCUUUAGUUCUGAUAUUUUAUUCGUUAAGAAGAAGAAGAGCAGUGUAUGACAUUGAUAAUGACGCCUGGGACAAUUAUUGUUUUCUUGGUCAUCUUUUGGUCAUUGGCUAUUUUCUACAUUAUUUCCCGUACUUUGCUAUGGAGCGUACACUAUUCAUUCAUUAUUACCUACCCGGAUUGUUAUUCAAAAUAAUCCUCUUAUGUGUGGUCGUUGAGCAUUUCUACAAUUACAUUAUCGUGAAUCGUUAUAUUCGGUAUGUCAUGCUGACAGUGUGUACUCUGCUAUGUGUGGCUGUCGUUAUUACAUACCAUGUUUUCAGUCCUUUCACUUAUGGUCAUGUCGCACUUACGUCAGCGGAAAUUAAUCGACGACGAUGGCUGCCAUUAUGGGAUAUGUUAUCGCACUCAAACACGUGACCCGACCUUACCGUAAAGUUUUGUUAAGGUGGCUGCCUACUUUUGAACGUUCGAUUUGAGCCCACGAUGUGCGCGCGCUCAAAAACCGCUGAAAAAUCUACAAGAU